AUGACCGCCCGACGAGAAGGCACCGAGAUGAACCUCAAUCGUCCUUUGUCAUUCGUCGACAGCAUAGUGAGUCUGCUCUUCUUGUUGGUCCUUGCGGACGCGAUGCCAAAGCAGGAUCCCAAGAAAGGUCCCCAGGCGACACGGAUGGAGAUGAGAUCGACGCCGCUGAAGGGAGGGCUGCCGGCGAGGACCCGCACCUCCCCGUUCCCGCAGGACCCCAGUUUCUUUUCCUUCAAGAACCCGAGUCCGAGCCCGAGGUCGAAGGUGAAGAAACCCGUCACCGAGUCUCCGCAGGGGAAGAAACUCUGCACCACGCCGGAAUGCUUAUUAGCCGUCGUGGACCUGAUGUAUGCGAUGAAUCUUACCGUGGACCCCUGUGAGGAUUUCUACGCCUACACCUGCGGGAACUGGAUCGAGGAGCAUCCCAUCCCGCCGACCUCCAACGCGAUGACCGUCUUCCACUCGCUCUGGGGAAACAUGAACGAGAGGAUCCUCGGCAUCCUGAGCGCGGAUCCCUCGGCGGACGACAGCGAGGCCGUGCAGAAGGCGAAGACAGCGUACGCCGCUUGUGCCGACACCGCAACCUUGGAGUCGCAGGGAUUGACUCCCCUUACUUCGUUCAUGGCGGGCUACGGCGGUUGGCCGAUGACCCGGGACGAUUGGAAGGAGGAGGACUUCGACUGGCAGGAGACGGUGGCUGCCUGGGUCCGGGAGGCGGCGCUCAACACGCUUAUCACGGCCUCCGUGUGGCCUAGUGCAAUGGACACGGACAAGAAUGUUCUUUAUUUGGAGAAGUCGAGCCUGUCCCUCUCCGCCCGGGACCUGUACCUCGACCGCUCGCCCUCGCCGAUCGUGGACGCCUACCUCGACCUGAUGAACGGGACGGCGAGGCUGGUCAGGGACUCGCUCGGCUCCGACGUCGCGGAUGCCUCCAUCGACGAGGAGGUGCAGGAAGUGUUCGACUUUGAGAAAUCCCUGGCCGAGCACCGGCCGACGGUCGCCGAAUUCACCGAAACGAAAAAAAAUUGUCCGCAGAUCGUGCGGGCCGACCUGCCGAAUCAGACGGAGCCGUUCCCAGAGCUGACCCUGACGGAGCUUCAGGCGGCCACGGACGCCGUCGAGCCGGGAUUCAUGACCUGGACGACGUUCCUGACCUCGUUGUUCGCGGGCACGAGAGCCACCUGGAGCGGCAACGACUCGGUCCUCUGCCCCUCGCCGGACUUCAUGCCCCGCCUCGUCGGACUCCUCGCGGCGACCCCGCCGAGGACGAUCGCGAACUAUCUGCACUGGCGGCUGGUGUAUUCGCUGGGGGACGAGACGAACCAGGCCAUGCGGGAUCUCUUCUUCCGGUUCUCGAUGAUCACGACCGGGAUCACCAAGCCUCCGGAAAGGGAGUACGAGUGUGCGGGCAUGGUGAACAACCAUAUGGGAAUGGCUAUCGGGAGCGUCUACGUCUCCGACGACUUCCCGCCCACCGCCAAGAAAGAGGUGAGAAAGAAGGGGAACGGGGGGGACAGGGGACAGGGGACAGGGGACAGGGGACAGGGGAAUGGCUUUGGACGUCGAGGUUCCAAAACCCUGAGGAAGGAUUCUUCGAUUCGAUUUAUCGAUCCCAAACGAGAUGAGAGGAUUCCAGAUUGCAGAGAUGAGGUCGCUCGUUCGCAGGUGGAGCAGCUCGUGGAGGACCUGAGGGCGGCGUUCGACGGGAUCCUGGACGAGAUCGACUGGAUGGACGCGGCGACGCGGGAGAACGCGAGGAAGAAGAACCGUGCGAUCCGGGCCUUCAUCGGAUACCCCGAUUUCAUCCUCGAUCCUCAGGCCCUCGCCGAUUAUUAUUUUGGGAUCUCGAUGAACAGGAACGGCCACCUGUCGAACGCCCUGAGCAUGCUCGGCUGGGAGUGGAGCCGCCAGGCGGUCGGCCUGAACAAGCCAGUGGACCGCGACGCCUGGAUCACCCACCCGACCGUCGUGAACGCCUACUAUUAUCCCCUCAUGAACUCCAUCACGUUCCCGGCGGGGAUCCUGCAGAGUCCGUUCUAUCAGAAAGGGAGGCUCGCGGCCAUGAACUACGGCGGGAUCGGGAUGGUCAUCGGGCACGAGAUCACGCACGGGUUCGAUGACUCGGGACGCCUAUUCGACGACCGUGGGAACCUCGUCGACUGGUGGACGGAAGCGACGACGGAUGCUUUCUUGGAGAGGGCCAUGUGCUUCGUCGAGCAAUAUAACAGCUACAAGAUCCCCGAACUCUCGGGAUUCCUGGAAGACCCACACGUGAACGGACAGUUGACUCUGGGAGAGAAUAUCGCCGACAACGGAGGAAUGGGAGAGGCCUGGUUCGCUUACCUCAAAUACAUCGGCCGGAACGGAGCGGAACCCUCCCUCCCUGGUCUCGACCUCACACCUCAGCAGCUCGUCUUCGUCACCUUCGCCUAUGCACUCAAUGUCCCCGUGUCGAUUGCAGAACUGGAGAAGGACACUUCCAUUCAACCUUCUCCGUACGCCACUCCCUGGAACUGGUGCGGUCACAGCACGAAAGAGUACCUGCUGAGCCAAAUUCUGUACGAUCCGCACAGUCCUGCGAAUUUCAGGGUCUACGGGACCCUGAGCAACAACGCCGCCUUCGCUAAGGCUUUCGGGUGCAAGGCCGACAGGCCUAUGUUCAACGGGGACGAUAGCUGCAUCAUGUGGUUGUAUUCUGAUAAGAACGAUAAGGAUGAUAAGGACAAUGACUUCAUUGUUCUACAUACUUUGUAUCCGAGGUACUUGAUCUCUGGAUCUGCCCGACGAGAGAGAACCAACGUGAACCUCAAUGUCCUGACUCAGCUCUUCUUGAUGGUACCCGCGGACGCAGCGACGAAUCAGGAGCUCAAGAAACGUCUGGAGGCGACACGGAUGGGGAUAAGGUCAACUCCGCUGAAGGGCGGGCUGCCGCCGAAGACUCAUAUCCCCCCUUUCCCGCAGGACCCCAGUUUAUUUACCUUCAAGAACCCAACCCCAAAGGGCGGGCAGCGCAGCGGGAAGCCUGAGGUCGAGAAACCCGUCGCCGAGUCUCAGCAGCAAGAGAAGAACCUCUGCUCCACGCCGGAGAGCAAAUGAACCGGUCUCCCGAAGCUCAAGAAUUCGAUAAUCAACUUCCGCAAUUACACCAAAAGAAUUUUGUAUUCAGUACCUGAGAUGUGAAUGGAUGCUCACAUAAUAAAAUGUCUCCCUCUCGUU